AUGGCAGCGUUUUGGGAGGACCCUACCUGGAUCAUUUUGUGGCCCAAAGAUAUCACCCUGGACUUUCUUAUCGAACAGUCCGCAAAGAGACAGGCGCGAAACCUCCUGCAAUCCCGCCAGGAUAGACGACACCAGAAGGCUGUCGACCCAGUCACUAAUGCUGUGGUUGGGUACGCCCGUUGGAUCUUGCCAUCUGGCCACGUGACUACUGAGGAGGGGGGUCCGGAGUGGGUUGAGGCGCAAGUUCCAGAUGUUAGUGAGGAGGAGAAGAAGCACUUUGAGGAAUUGGCCCAGUCUGCGUGGUGGAACCCGGGAAGCGAUAUGGGUGAAAUUGACGAGAAGAAUGAGGAGGUGAUGGAGCGUAUCUUGGCUGAGAAGCCGUAUAUUACGUUGGACUAUCUAGCCGUUCAUCCUGAAAAUAAGCGCAAAGGGAUUGCCACGGCACUCGUUGAGAGCGGCAUCCAUUGUGCAGAGAAAAUCGGACUGCCAAUCUUCAUUCUGGCCUUCAAGGCUGGUCGAAGCAUCUAUGAGCGACUGGGAUUCAAGGAGGUAUAUCGGGUCAUCCAGGAUGACUCUAAGUAUGGCGGGCAGGGUGAAUACGGCGCUUACUUUAUGGUGUACGAUGUUUCUCGAACAGAAACCCGUUAA